AUGCGCCCAACGCAGCGAUGUCUCUGGGUAUGCUGGCCGUGUACUUGCUGAUAUGCAUGUCCAAUCUGAUGGCCGCGUAUCCAUCCAAACCCGUCAUUCCCGCAGAAGAUGCGCCUGUCGAGGACUUCGCCAAGUACUUCUCUGCACUCAGACACUACAUCAACCAAAUCACUCGACAGCGGUAUGGGAAAAGAUCCAGCCCUGAUAUGGUGUUCUCUGACCUGCUACAGAGGGAGAGCACAGAGAGCAUCCCACUAGCAAGCUAUGGAAGAUAUGAGGAUCUACCGUUGUGGUGGUGAAGCCAGUGUAUUACGGACUUCCAUACCAGUCCCUUUCAACAACACCACACUGCCUGUUUGUCACAGCACCACAACAACAACACCACACUGCCUGUUGGUCACCGCACCACAACAACACCACACUGCCUGUUGGUCACAGCACCACAACACCACCACACUGCCUGUUGGUCACAGCACCACAACACCACCAUACUGCCUGAAUACCUAGGAUAGGUUAAGUAAUCCCUCUCACCCCACCCCCCCUAAGUUUUAGA